AUGGAAACUUCCCGGGACAGCCACUCUCAUGCGGUGUCCAUGACUGUGCAGUGCAAAGUCUCCAUCGAGUUGGGUGGGACGCCCGAGGAGGCCUCCGGGACUGGGGUUGAAGCUGUGCAGGAAAGCGAGGCCUUGGCAGAGAGGGAUGCGGCGGCGACCGGGCAGGAGGUGGCGCCAGUUUUGUUUGAGGUAGUGGAGGUGGUGGAGUCACUGGAGGUCCUUCAGUUAGAGUUGGAGCCCGUGAACAACCAAGCCAGGAGGGCCUUUGCUCGUUUGAGGCAGAACCUGGUGCAGAGACGCAGGACUCAUCUCGGUCACCGAAGGGCCAUCAUCCAGGGCAUCCCUGGCUUCUGGGCCAAAGCCAUUGUGAACCACCCCGAGAUGUUGGCCAUGAUCAGGGAUGAAGAUGAAGACUUGCUUAGCUACAUGAUCGACUUGGAGGUGGAGGAAAUCAGGCAUCCCAUUCACUGCUGCAAGAUCAUGUUGUUCUUUCGGAACAACCCGUACUUCCGGAAUAAAGUGAUUAUUAAGGAAUAUCUCAUUAAUGUCACCGGAUACAGGGCAUCUCAUUCCACUCCAGUUCAGUGGUAUCAGGAUUAUGAACAUGAGGCUUAUAGCCGCAGGCACCACAACAGCAGUGUUAACUUCUUCAACUGGUUUUCUGACCACAACUUUGCAGGAUCUAACAGGAUCGCUGAGAUCAUCUGUAAAGACCUAUGGCUCAAUCCCCUGCGGUACCACAUGAGGAUGCAGGUGCCUGGACAGGGAACCGAGAGGGCAGAUCCCCUGAUCCCCAAGAGACCUCGAAUCCGCUACCCUGGACCGACCUCAAACCCCCUCGGCCUGAGACCCCGAGGCACCUCAGCUUCAGACACCUCAAAUCUACUGUUCACCCACAGGAACGCCAAAUCCUCUAAUGCUUAG